AUGCCGAAGGAAACAACCACAUCAACACCGUCAACAACUACUUCUACUCGAAACACGAAUCGAAGAACCACUCAAAUGGAAGCAAAUGAGAACGAAUUUGAAUCUCAGAACCUAAUCAACUUUCCACCACCGCGAACUCCUUUGAAUUCCAUUCCCGAUCCUUCACAGUGUCAAGAACACGAACCUCUUCGGAAUUCUCGUUCUACUUCCGAUAGGUUUGGGAGUGGAGUUUCGGUUCGGAUCGGAAAACUGCAUUCCGAACCUAGCUCGGCGCAAAGUACGCCGGCGAGGAAUUGUUCGAGAGUUUCACUUGGUGGAGGAAAUAGUAGAGUGGGUUUAGGAAAAGGAAUGUUGAAAGGAACUGAAAUUGCGACGGAAGUUCAGCAUUUUGAACUCAAACAGGAUCCGUCGUUUUGGACGGAUCAUAAUGUGCAGGUGCUGAUAAGGAUUCGACCGUUGAGUACUACGGAGAAGUUUUCACAAGGAAGUGGAAGGUGCUUGAAGCAGGAGAGUGCACAGACGUUGGUUUGGCUAGGUCAUCCUGAAACUAGAUUAACAUUCGAUCACGUUGCAUGCGAAACUUUAUCACAGGAAAAUCUGUUCAGAGUUGCAGGAGUGCCCAUGGUGGAGAAUUGCUUGUCUGGUUACAAUAGUUGUAUGUUUGCGUAUGGUCAGACAGGUAGUGGAAAAACAUAUACCAUGAUGGGUGAGAUCAAAGAAGCACAAGGACGCCUUGCUGAAGAUAGUGGGAUAACACCAAGAGUUUUUGACUAUUUAUUUAUGAGGAUUAAAGCGGAAGAAGAGAGCAGGAAGGAUUGUAGAUUAAAAUACAUUUGCAAAUGUUCCUUUUUGGAAAUAUACAACGAACAAAUAACUGAUCUUCUAGAACCUUCGUCAACAAAUCUCCAACUCAGAGAAGAUAUGAAGAAGGGGGUAUAUGUUGACAACCUGACUGAACAUAAUGUGGUCACAGUUGAUGACGUUCUGAAGCUUUUGGUACAGGGCACUGCAAAUAGAAAGGUGGCUGCAACUCAUAUGAACGGUGAGAGCAGUCGGUCUCACAGUGUUUUCACUUGUAAUAUUGAAAGCCAAUGGGAGAAAGAUUCUAUGACUCACAUUAGGUUUGCAAGGUUAAAUUUGGUAGAUCUGGCUGGCUCUGAAAGGCAGAAAAGCUCUGGAGCUGACAGUGAACGUCUUAAAGAAGCUGCAAAUAUAAAUAAAUCAUUGUCAACUCUUGGCUUGGUCAUAAUGACAUUGGUCGACUUAGCCCAUGGGAAGCCUAGGCACGUUCCCUACAGAGAUUCAAGGCUUACAUUUCUUCUCCAGGAUUCUCUAGGUGGGAACUCAAAAACAAUGAUCAUUGCAAAUGUCAGCCCAUCCAUUUGCUCUGCCAACGAAACACUAAGCACUCUGAAGUUUGCUCAGCGAGCCAAGCUCAUUCAAAACAAUGCAAAAGUGAAUGAAGAUGCUUCUGGUGACAUAAGUGCACUGCAGUGGCAAAUCCAACAGUUGAAGGGUCAACUAUCCUUUCUGACAAAGAAUAAAGUUUUUUCACCACUCUUAUCAAAUUUGGAGCCAAAUUCUGAUAGCUGUAGGUUGAGUGAAGCAUCAGAAGAACACGAUUCUAUGGGAGAAAGAACGACGACAGAUGACAAGCUGCUUACUCCAAACAAAGAGAUCAAGCGAAUGAAAGCUGCUUUGGUUGGAGCCUUGAGGAGAGAAAAAAUGGCGGAGACUACAAUCCAGAAUUUAAACAUCAAAAUUGAUCGCAUGAAAGGCUUGGAUCAACAAAAGGAAGAAGAUGCUCAACAUACUUCAAUUAUGCUGAGCCACUACGAGGAGAAAAUUAAACAACUUGAAUUGUUGGUAGAUGGUCAACUGUCAGCUGAGAAGUAUCUCAUGGAGGAAAAUAGGGCUUUAAAAGAGGAGUUUCGGUUUCAUAAAACGAAGAUUGAUAAAAAUUCAGAGUCAUCCAGAUUUGCUUUGGAGAAUGAUAGACUUUCACAACAACUACAAAUAUUCCAAAACUUCUAUGAGCAUGGAGAGCGGGAAAAAUUGCUGACUGAACUUUCUGAAUUGCGCGAUCAGCUCCUGGUUCACCUCCAAGAAAAAUGUACUUUCUCCAUGAUAAAUGGAAAUGAGGACAUUGAUGCCACACAGGAGUUAGAAGUUUGCCAGAAUAUGAAUUCUAAAUUGCUUAGAGAAGCAGGUAAAUUACAGACAGAACUUGGAAAGUAUUUGAACUACAAUCAAGUGAAAUCUAAUUCUGUCGAGACAAUAUCUGUGGGAAGUAACUCUGGAGAUGAAAUGCCAUCCUCUACAUGGAAAUAUAAAAACAAUGAAGAAUUAGAAGCCAAAUUGGAAAGAAUGAGCAAGGAUCUUAAAGAAGUGAGGUUACUUAAUGACCAACAUCGAGAGAAAUUGGCAUUACAGUUAUCUCAAAAACAACAGAUUGAAAGAGUCUGUCAAGAGGUUGAGACAGAGACAACGAGCACAAUUCUUCAGUUACAGGAAGAGGUUGCCAGUCUUCAAUCAGAGUUAGAAGGGAGGCUAUGCUCCAUUGAUCAAGAAAAUGCAGAGCUGAGAAAUGUGGUUGCAGCAAAGGAAGAGGAAAUGAAGUCACUUUGUUUGGACUGGGAAAAGGCAAUCUUGGAACUGACAACCUUCCUUCUUGAAGGCUCCAGAUCUCUCAAAGAUGCUUGUGGCCAAGUUCAAAACAUCUCUUCUUCAUUUCCAAAGGUCAAUACCUGGAUUAGUGAACAUGUUGGCAUGGCUGUCAAAAAGUAUAUUGAGAAGGAGGAAACAAUUCAUCAACUGCAAAGUAGCUUGGAGGAUGCACAGAAGAUGAUAAUGGAAAUGGAGUUGAAAAUAUGUUUCUUAAAGGAAGCAACUCUAACCUUAAGUGCAUUUGAACAUUUAGACAGUGAAAAUGGUAUUGAAGAGGCAAUUCAAUUAAGAGUUUUGCUAAAUGAGAAGACCAAUAUGAUAAGUACUCUGGAAAAUGAAAUAAAAUAUAAAAGCGAUCAACUUUGUAGAGCAACUAAACAAGUUGAUGCUGCAUUCCUUGUAGCAAAAUGGCUUUCUGAUAGUUUCAAUGCAGCUCACAUGAAUAAUGAUGCUGAAGACAUUUCCAUCCCUAAUCUAGAUAUACAAGGCAGAUCAGGAAGUUGUAGCACUUCUGAGAAUCUUGAUAUUGGAUAUAAUGUGGUUCUAAAUGAUCUUAUGGGUCAAGUUGAGUUAACAAAACUUGAAGUGUUGGAGAUGGAGAAUGCUAUAAAAACCAGUUUUGUAGAUAUGGAAAUGCAGACAGCAGGUUUCCAGACUGGUGUCCUGAGUCUUUUUUCUGCUUAUAGGGAUUUGAUUCAAGAUACAGUUAAAGAAACAAAGGAUAUGAGGGAAGAAAUAAGGGAUUUAAAGAUGCAUCGGAUAAGUUCUGGUGGUUAUACAGUUGACUCCUUGACGUCUAAUACAAACAACUGUCAAGUGUUUGCAGACCAGCAUCACACCCUGAAUCAGAUAAAAGAACAGCUUGUUGUAAUGAAUAAAAGAUUGAAUAUCAUAGAGAACUGUAUUAGCAAAGAUGUAGAUGUGCCCCGGUUUCAAUUGGCAGAUGGAGAUUUCAUAGAUGCUGAUGAAUUGAGCACUGAUAGUUCUUCACUCUCCGCUUUUUCAACUGAAACUGAGAGUGUUGCUUCUGGAAGCAAGUCACAAGGAUUCACAAGUAAUAAUGACUUUGAGUUAACUGGAGAAAUAACUGAAGAAAAGAUGCUCCUAUAUUCUGAAAAAGGCAUAAUAGUUCAAGCAGACCAUGCAUGUAGUUCAUCAAAUACAUCAGAGUUCAUGAGAAGGCCACUCUAUAACGAAGCAGAAAGGUCCUGUCUGAGGAGAGAAUUAAAUACCAUAUAUGAUGAUUUCCAAAGACUCUAUUAUAGCUUGUCUGCGCUCCUAAAAAAAUUGGACGAUGGAUCCUCUUACUACCCGAAAGAUCUGGAAAAGGUGGCUCCAUUUUCAUGGGCGAGGGUGCAGAAUGAUGAAGCUGGCUAUGAGAGCGACACAGAGGUGCUUGAUUAUAGCGAUGUUAAUCCUGAUGAGCGCUUCUUAAACAAAUUUAUGGAAGCUCAUGCAGCUGUGAAGGAAGCAGAUCUCACACUACAUGCUUUGACACAGGCAUUUGAAGAUUCGAAACAGUUAACUGCCAUGUGGAAGCAGGCUUGUGAAAACUUGACGAUCAAUAGGGCAAGCCUGGUAGAAGAGAUUCAAAAGCUCAAACUUUCAACACACCAAACAGAGGAAGAGAAUCAAUUACUGAAGGAACACCUCAAUUUCAGCUUGAUAGAGAUGACAAAUUCAAUUUCCACGCUAGAAGAGUGUUUUUUGCAAAUGCAAACUGAUGUGGAGAAGAAAUUCAUGGUAAUACAUUCUGAUGUUUUUUUGAUGGGGAAGGAGAUACUAUGCUUUAUGAACAGCCUAAGAUCAUCAGUAGAAGUUAUUUGCUCUCAGAUUGUGGAUGGAGGUUUUGUAUCUUUUGCUUCGUACAAUUGCUUUUUAACAGAGCUUGUCAAUAAAUUUAUUGGCUUUAGUGUAAACCAUGAGUUGCAAUCAACCAGACAAGGGGAGUCACAUAACUUGCCAAAAACUGCAGAAGCUGUCCCCACUACAUUUAAUGGGGGUAUAGGGAGAAAAGAUCAACAUAUGUUAAUCCAAAAUGUGCAAGAAGAACCGGACUCACCCAAUGUUAAAGUAUUAAGUGAAAAUAUGACUCUGAAAAAGGACUUAGAGAGGAAGCAAGAGUUACUAGAGGGCUUACUUUUUGACUUUAGGUUGUUGCAGGAAUCGGCUUCUAACAGUAAGGAAAUUAAGGACCAGACUGAGCAGUUAAUAAUUUCCCUAAGCCAAGCUCGGUAUGAGCUAGAGAUUAAAUCAAGUCAGCUUGAUGAUAUACUGAUUCAAAACAGAAAACUUGAAGCUUCUCUUGCUGACACUGAAAAGGUCUUAACUAGAUCAAAUUAUGAGCUUGAGCUUGCUAAAGAAUCAAUUGAGAAAUUUGCUGAUCAAAAUGAGGAGUUAAGGAAUCUCUUAAAAGAAUUAUAUGCCAACAAAACUGAAACUGAAGGGCAAUUGGAUGAGCAUAAAGAGGUGAUCAAAGGCUUGGAAAAAGAAAUUGCUAACUUGUCAACUUCAUUGGAAAACCAAUCACUUUCCUUGUUUCAAAGCAUCGAGGAUGAACUAAAUCAGGUGAUGAUGGAGAGAGAUCAACUUCAUGAAGAAGUUCGUGUCUUGAAUGACAAGCUUGAGAUGGCUUAUUUCUUGGUUGAUGAAAAAGAAGCUAUUGCCAUGGAAGCCCGUCAGGAGUCGGAGUCUAGCAAGCUCUUUGCCGAACAAAAAGAAGAGGAAGUCAAGAUUUUGGAACAUUCUGUUGAGGAACUUGAAUCUACCAUAAAUGUUUUAGAGAAAAAGGUGAAUGAAAUGAAUGAGGAGGCAGAAAGACACCGUUCAAUUAGUGAUUCACUAAAAGUGGAACUCCAAGCUUUUAAAGAGAGAUUAUUGUUAGUUGAGAAUUUACACCAAAACUCAGAUUCAGAAAGCAUGAGUAUUCAAACUGGAGAGAAUAUGUCUAGGAAACUACCCAGUAAAGUUCUGGAACAUCACGAUGCAUUGAUUCAGAUAAAGCUUCUUGAAAAGGAAAAUGCGGAGAAAGAUUGGGAGAUUAAGAAAUGCAAAGAGUACAUCUCUGAAAUUGUAUUGCAUGCUGAGGCCCAAACAUUGCAGUACCAACAGAAGUACAAGGGCUUGGAGUCAAUGUUCCGUGAAGUGAAAACAAAUAUGCUAUAUUCAACAUCUGCCGUACCAACAUCAGAGAAAAUUGAGAAAACCUCAACAAGGACUAGAGGUUCUAGCUCACCAUUCAGAUGCAUUUCAAAUCUUGUUCAGCAGAUGAAUCAGGAGAAAGACCAAGAAUUAUCAGUGGCAAGGCUCCGUGUGGAAGAACUAGAAGCACUUGCAGCUAGCCGACAAAAGGAGGUUUGCAUGCUACAAACAAGGCUGGCUGCUACUGAAAGCAUGACUCAUGAUGUCAUUCGGGAUCUUCUUGGUGUAAAAUUGGACAUUACCAACUAUGCAAAUUUGAUAGACCAAAACCAAAUCGUGAAAUUAGUGGAGGAAGCUCAUCAACAAAGAGAAGAGUUCUCUGCGAAGGAAAAAGAGAAUCUAAACCUUAGACAAUAUAUCAAUGGUCUCAUUGAAGAAAGAGAGAGUUGCAUAUCAGACCUGAAAACUAAAGAGGCAGAUAUGCUUGACUCUCAAAUAGCAGUGCAACAACUCCGAGAGCGAGAUCAGAUGCUUUCUGCACAAAAUGAAAUGUUGAAAAGGGACAAGACCAAUCUCAUGAGGAAGAUUGCAGAGUUGGACGACACAGUUAAAACACUAGGUCGGACAGGAAAUUCUCAACAUGUUUCACAAUCCUCUAAGACUAAGGAUAAGGGUGCUCAAAAUUUGGGCAACCUCAGAUUUACCAACAGGUUGUCACAAUCUGAAAGACUUCUUGCCCGUGUUAACGAAGAGCUUACUCAGUACCGCAAAUCUUCUGGCGAUAAUUUGCACAACUAA